AUGAUAAAAGAUAUUGCUCAGUCGAUUACUGGAAAUCAAAACUUUCUCAAAUUACAAAAUAAUAUCAACGGUUCACGAUUGAACAAUGUUGAUGUUACUAAUUCUCGACAAAUACAAUCAAAAAAAAUACAAAACUAUUAUCCAUUUCGUUCUGUUGACUAUCAACGAGUAAAUAAUCGUACGAAUAAAUCACGUCUAUCUAAUAAAAAACAAACACAUAAUUUGGCACCAAAUUCAGGUUAUUUAUAUAUACGAAAUGGAACACAUAUCGCUAAUGAACAAAAAACUCACGAAUAUUGCCGAUAUAGAACUGCGACAAAUCGGGCUCCGAUAAAAAUGUCUGAUGCUUAUAAGUAUCAAUUUCCUUUUUCAUGCUAUUCACAAAUAACCAAACAAAAUGAGAAUGAAUAUUCAAGAUAUCGAGAUUCUCAAGAUUCACGUAAAAAAUCCAUCGAUGAAUAUCAAAAUAAAAAUUUAAAACCUCAUAAAAUAUGCCGAUCAUUAGCGUAUGAUAACGAUCAUCAGCGUUUUCCUAUUCCUGAUAAUCGAGUUUUAUGGAAUACAAUAUUUCCUGAUUAUACACCAUAUGAAUAUACAACUGAAAAAAUUCAACGUAAUCCACGAGCAGAUCCAGCUGAUCCAUUGAAAAUAGAAAAAUUUAAUCAACUUGAUAAGAAAAUUGAUCGAAGAAGUUUUACUGGACAAUACUAUGUUGAUCCAAAAACAAAUCGACCACGAAAUCCAAAUGGAAGAACAGGAAUGACAGGUCGUGGUCGUCUAUAUUAUUGGGGUCCAAAUCAUGCUGGUGAUCCAGUUGUUACUCGUUGGCUUCGUGAUGAAAAUGGUUCAAUUGUUUAUCGUCGAAACAAUGCUCGUGAUUCUCUAAAACCGGUUCUUGAAUUCGUAGCUAUUCUUAGACAAGAUAGAAAACAAUGGGCUCUACCCGGAGGUAUGGUUGAUCCUGGAGAACAUAUAUCUGAAACAGUAAAACGUGAAUUUCAAGAAGAAGCAUUACGAGAUGGUGUUGAUAAAACUUGUAUAGAUCAAUUAUUUUCUAAUGGAGUUAAACUAUUUGAAUCUUAUGUUGACGAUCCAAGAAAUACAGAUAAUGCAUGGAUAGAAACUGUUGCUGUAAAUUUUCAUGAUGAAACAGGUCAAUUAACUAAACAACUUCAUUUAAAUGCGGGUGAUGAUGCGGAAAAGGUUGUCUGGCGUUCAAUUGAUAGAAACCUUGAAUUAUAUGCAUGUCAUAAAGAUAUUCUAGAAAUCGUUGUAGAUCGAUUUAAUGCAUAUUGGUAA